GGGCGGGGCACGGGAUCAGAAAUGUUGGCCGCCGGCGGAGCACGCCGCCAGCGGGCCCUGAACCCGGCAUCGGCUGGGAAACCAAUCACACUGUUCUCCCUUUGCCGUCACAGAACGCCUUCCACUUAAUUCACUACCGGCGGCAAUCGCGCGACCCCGUUCCGGCCUCCGCCCCGGCCCCGCCCGCCCCCGACGGCCCCAGGCCGGGGCGGGCAUUGCUGGCGCGGCGCCCCGCCGGGGCCGUGGGCGGGGUCGCUCCCGCUUCCUCCACGGGGCUUGCAGGCGGUCGGGCCCGCCAUGGGGCAGUGCUUGCCCUGCAUGGGGGGCGCCGUCAAGGACGUGGUGGAGACGCCCGACCCGGAAAUAAAAAGAAGACAACUAGCAGAAGCUGCUGAAAAGAGGCAGAUGGAGGCUUCCUCUCGAGGUAUUAAGAAUGCUUAUGCUGUGGAGCAAAAGAAAAAGAAACAGGAAGAAAUAGAAAAGAGAAUUGCAGCUUCACGUCCUGGUGGAGAAGGAGGACUGAGAUGCUUAUGGAAUGCUACUAUAAGAUGUCAUGUUUUCGGUGCAGCGCUGGUAAUGCAACUGGGAAUAGAAAACAUCUGUGAUGAAGACAGACACAAAACCAAAAAAAAGAAAGUACCUCCUGCAACUAAAUAAAAAACUGCACAUCUUCAUCUACAGCAUUCUGCUCACUGCCUGCCUCUGGAAGUGAUGUGCAUGUGGAUGUUUAUUUCCUGUACUUUCCACAACCCACAAGCUUCAUGGAAGUCUGCUUUUUUGCAUUACAGGUGAGAGAAAAUUAAAACCUGCUAAAGAAAAGAAGCACAAAGGAAUAAGCGGUGAAACAGAGCGGACCGCAAACCUUUUUUCAAGUGCCCCAUGGCAAUCCGGUACCCCAAAAUGGCAAGGAGAAAACAGGGAACUGUUCUUGUUCAAAUCUCCUAGCUGUCUGGUAUUCUAAGGCCAGAAUAUUCCUCAAAGAGAUGCAGUAUGAUUUUAGUGUUGUCCAUUAGGAACUAUUGCUUAACAUUUACAUUAAAGUGAAAGACUGCAUGUGAACAUUUGUUGUGGAGCAGUAGUAGCUGUUAACUCACAUCCUGAAAGUAAUUUGGUUGAUUUGCCCAAAUACCUAAGUUGCACAGUCUAGUUCUACAGAAAUGUAAAUUAAUUCCCAAUAUACUCAAAGAGAUUUUCUAGUCUGACUCUCUUCCAAAAAGUUUUGGACCAUGGUGUGAAGGCUUGGCCUUCAAUUGCUUCUCCUCAUGGUGUAGUGCAGCAGUAGGUGUAAUCCCAUCUCCUCCCAUUAAGGCUCUGUUCUGAGUUCCUAGGUUUCCACUACUCCAGACUCCACCUCCUUCCCUUGAUAAGUUGCACCUACACCCUCACUAAUUAUCACAGGCAGUAAGGAACUCUGGACUCCAGACCAAUGCUGCUCCUGCAUUAUCCUGGGCUAUAGAAUGUAUAUAAAGAAGGAAAGGUACAUGGACAGAAGAACAAAUCAUGGGCAGAAGAGUUAAGAAAAGAAAAAGACUUUUUUUCCCCCACUCAUAUUUAUGCAAUUCCACUUCUACAGCUUCAUUCAACUAGAUGCCCUUUUCUUCUUUUGAAAAAUGCCCUCCUGGAUUCAUAACUGUGUAUGUUCAUAAGCCUGCAGGUGGAGCAUGGUGAGGUAAAAAACAUGAGCUGACCAACAUUUAAGAUUAAAGGUAAUAAUAUGCAUACAUCUGUAUCUGCUCUUUGUUGUAUAUCUGGUGAACAGACACUAACAGUUGAUACUUAACAUUACAGUAAUUAUACUGAAUAUUAGUACAUUAUACACUCAUUCUAACAGCUAUUUUUUUAUUAAUUCCAGGUUUUCCUUGCCCAUGGUGGGGGAGUUGGAACUAGAUUAUCUUUAAGGUCCCUUCCAACCAAAGCCAAUAUAUGAUACUAUAUGGCUUUUUUUACUUGUACAGCAGUAAUUUGAAAAAUGCAUCACUUGUCUACUUUAUUUCACUCUUUUUCACAUUAUCUCCUCAUCAUAGUCCUGAGUGCUAGCAAGUCUCUGCUGUCGUCGUCCUUUGGCCUCACUCUAAUGUCAAUUCACAAGAAAAAAUUUCACCCUUACAUCUUUUAACAACACAGUGUUCUCCCUGUUGCCAAAUUCUAGCUAGAUUUGCCUUUACAUAUAGGGUACAUUAAAAAUGCAAGCAGUCUUUAGUUUCAUGUAAAUUGACGUUAAAGAACACAAUAAGGAAAUAAACAUUUUCCAAAAAACCCAAGGUCCCAAGAAGUGAAUACACUGCCAGUUCUACCCUGCAGUAUCACUGCUUCCAUUGACCUAUUACUGGGAGAGGAGCAGCUAUACCCUUCAUGGGGAAAUUAUUUCGGAGAAGAAUAUUUUGGUUACUAGCAUCUCUAACAGAGAUAAAGGGCUUUUAAUAAAAAUAUUAGUGAGCUGGCAAUAUUCAGAUAAUAUUCCUUCAACCAAUACCGAUUAUAUUCACAAGGACUGUCAGGACUCUGUAAGGUACUUCAGAAAACCUAUGCAAAGCACAGAUAAUCCACGAUUCUGGUUGGCUGCCUACAAAGUGCUUCGGAUUCCUUCUGUUUUAUGAUUCUUAGUUAUGCUGGAAACCUUAGUCCCUGCACUUUUUAGAUAAAAUCUAGUAGACAAAGAACAAAAAAGUCUCAAGAUGUUUUCCAGGCUUAUAUAUGAACAGUUAAGGGCAACACCAAAAUGAUGAAAACAGUCACACAGUACGAGACAGAAAUCUGGAAACUGUCUCCUACCUCCAUCCCCUGGUUUUUAAAUCAACAAAGCUACAUGCAUAACCAAGAAAAUUACAUUUAGAAAGUAUCUGGAGACAGAUUGUUUUAUUAGAUCUUGCUUGAAUUAAGACUGGAGGUUAUUCUUUUAAAUGUACAGGCCUGAAAUAAAUUUAUUUAACUCCAUGGGUUUCAUUAAAAUGCCUUCUAAUUUACACUGGGGUAAUGAGAGGAGAACAAGGAUGGCAUAAUUUCAAUAAUGUUUACACUUAGGCUUAAUUUCCUUUAAAUACUACAAAGCAUUCUUUCAAAGUUUUCAAAAUGAUGUCAGUGUGAGUCUAUGGGGCAUGAUGUUACUAAAUUGGAAUGAAAUUAUGUCACUGCAAAUAUAUGAAACCAGCAUUGUCAGUAAUGAACCAAAGCUAUACUAAUGUGUUAAAAAUUGUGAAAAUCAUCUGAAUGGAAUGAAAAACUUUAAAUAAAAUUAAGAUAUUACAGAUCACAAACUAUUUAUCCAAGACCGCAGUCAUCAGUUUUGAUUAUAGAUCCAAAUACACAUAUAUAUUUGGCUAGAGAGUCAAAUCUAGUCAAGUGCCAUCUGUAGUAUUUUACAUAUUUCAAAUCCACCAUAUCUCAAAUGACUUGACUUGCAUGGAAGUCUUUGGGCCAAAUUUGACCAGAGUAUAAAUAAUACUGGGAAUUACAUACCAAGUACAUCAACUGGAGAAGAGUGCAAAUGGCUGGAAAUUUAAACUAGCUUGUUAAGUGGACAAAAUUUACUCUUGAUGCAAUGUGAAAGAAGGUAAUCCACAACUGGUCAUGCUCCCAGCUUCAAAAAAUAGCCAUCCAAAUGCAAGUCCAAGGUGAAUUAGUUGCAUUGAUGAGGACAGCAUGAGCAGAAGUUAACAUAUGACAACAUGGCUGCAUGAUAUUUCACUGAUACCAGCUUUUCUUGCUACUACUUUUUUCUUUCUUAGAUCAGAUUAGCACUUGCCAUCAUCUUGAAGCAAAUUUCUAAUAUAUUUGAACUUAAAAUGGGUUUUCUCUGUAAUUAUACUGCCAUAGAGAAAUUAAGGAUCUGCAUUUCAGCUUAGAAAAUGUAUGAGUUUUAUGUAUUGAAGUUAACUAUUUCAUUUCACACACAUCACUAUUUUGCCACAGUCAUUACAAGCAUUUUUUGAAUCUCCUUACCAGCACUAUAUAUAUAUCCUUACCCUACUACUCCAUUAAUACUGAACAUAACUAAACAUACAAAUUAGGAGUAUUUAAUUUCUCAGCCACAUUAAUAAAUCUUUCUAAUGUCCUAAACUGUACAUAUCACUUCAGAACUUUUUUUUAUUCAGGCUUUUCUUCUAAACAGUUUAGCACAAAAUAAAUUUCAGCUGAAACCAAUCUCAUCUAGUUUGAUAUGUUAAUGUUGAAUUUUUAUCUGCUUUAACCCAAGACAAUAUAUUUUACCUGGACACGAAACUGCCAGAAUUUACGUUUGGUAAAUUUGGGCAAUAAAAGACAAAAUACUGAUGUUCUUGUUCUCCACAGCCCUACUUUGACAGCACAUCUGAUACUAACUUUGUUCGUAAUCGUCACUUUUUCAUGAGACAGAUCCAGGAAAAAUCAUGGUUAUCACAGAAGAGGCACCACAACAACUCUAGCUGUAUAUUCCAUCUGAACAUUCAAGAAACCCUGUGUGUCCAAACUUAUAUCUAUUUCAUAUUCUAAACACAGACCUGACUAGGAACCACUGUUGCAGUUUCUAAAAUUUUCAGUUGAUUUAACAGAUCUGUUAAAUCUUUAAAGCUUUAUCCAAUUUUUAAUGAGGAAUCAGUUUCCCAACUGGCACUGAGGAAAGUAAUUUCUACAGAAUCUCUGUGCGCUGAUCUCUGUGUCUCUCUCUAUGUGCAGUUUCUAUUAAAUAUAUGCAGCAUUUAUUAAAGUUACUUUUCAUUAUA